GUCGUGGAACUUUUGGUAGAUGUGUCCUAGUGCGUUCUAAGAUAGAUACAUCACAAUUAUUUGUCAUAAAAGAAAUUGACCUUUCAAAACUUAAAAGUGCAAAGGAUCGUAUGGAUGCACGACGUGAAGUUGAUUUGUUAAAACAGUUAGAUUGGCCAGGAAUU